AUGCAGCCCCUCUUCGCGUUCGCGAGCCUUGCCCUCGCAGGGUUGCUGGCAACACCCCUGGUCUGUGCUGCUGCCGUGCCGUCGCUCGCGUCCCUUGGCAGCGAUAUUUCGCUGCUGUAUAACAAUGACCUCGAUGUGUUCACCGCGCCGACGCAUCGUAGUGCGCUACUUCUCUCCGCUCCGCGGUUCCAACGAGAUGCUGCAAGCGCGUGUUCAGCGCUCGGGGAGACGCUUCUGCCCGUGAACAAAACGUUCUUCAAGAACGACCUGGUGCCCUCCCUGCAGUAUCAAGUCUUCCAACGCAAUUUCCCGUCGAAUCAGCAGUUCUGGGUAGCGAACGAGGGACGCGUCUGUCAAGUGGUCAACGCACAAGGGGUCGUUAGCUCGUCCCUCACUUGUCUGCGGGCCCUGCCUGCUCUGUGCUCCCAGAGCGCCGGGUUCCGUGCUGCUGCCGCUGCCGAGUCCUCUUUGACGGUGCAUUCGCAGGACUUGACCGUCACUGGGUUCCGCGACCAGACGUCCUUCAAGUUCUUCGGUAUUCCCUAUGCGAACCCACCCGUGCGGUUCGAAUAUCCCACCGCGUAUACUGGCAACAAGACGAUCGACGCCCGCAACUUCCGCUCUCAGUGCAUACAGGCGGGCACCACCACCGGCAGCGAGGACUGUCUUUUCUUGAACAUAUGGACCCCGUUCAUCCCAUCGCCGGCCAGCCGCACGCCCCUGAAAGCGGUCAUGUUCUGGAUCCACGGCGGCGCGUUCACAGGCGGAACCGGGAGCGACUCGACGUUCGAAGGCAGCAGCCUCGCCUCGCGCGGGGACGUCGUGCUCGUGACCAUCAACUACCGCCUCUCGACGCUCGGCUUCCUCGCGCUCGACGACGGCAAGACGAACGGGAAUUUCGGCAUUGCGGACCAGAUCGUUGCGCUCGAGUGGGUGCAUGAACACAUCGCCGCGUUUGGCGGCGACAAGGACCGCAUCACGAUCUUCGGCCAGUCUGCGGGCGCGGCGUCGGUGCGCGCUCUGAUGGGCUCCCCGAAGGCAAUUGGGAAGUACGCCGCGGCGGUGCCGAUGAGCAACCUCGCGGGCGCGAACUACGCGACGACCUACUCGCUCUACUAUACGAUCCCGCAGGAGGUUUCACUCGUCGCCAACCCCAUCCUGGCUGCUGUAGGAUGCAACGCCUCUGGCACUGAUGCGCUCGCGUGUAUGCGCGCCGCUGAUCCCCAUACGCUGGUCAGCUUGCCCACCGUCGCAAGGUUCCUCGUGGUCGAUGGAACUUUCAUCACAUCCAAACAGCUUCCUCUGGACCGGUCGGGUCCUAUAGCCAAUGUGCACACCAUGAUGGGGUUCAUGCGCGACGAUGGCGCUGCCUUCAUCGGCUUCCCGGCCAAUGGGAAUUUGACAGCAGGCCUACUCGGCGCAUCGCUAAACACCACGGUUGUCAAUAACCCCCUCUUCCCCGAGCCAUCCGGACAAAACGCCACUCUGAACGUGUUCAACGUCACCGCUGGCGUCACGACGGAUGUCGAGUUCCGCUGCCUGGAUCAAGCCACCGCCUUCUCCGGCGUCUCGCACAACCUCUUCAAGAACGUCUGGUUCUACGAGUUCAACCGCAGCUACCAAACGCCCGGAUUCUCUCCGAACUUCCCGGUCUGCGAGGCACCUAUCACCGCCGACAGUCCGUUCGGAGACACGUCGCAAGAAUACUUCAAGUGUCACUCGGGCGAGCUCUACUACGUCUUCGGCUCGCUGCCCGAGAGCCUCCCGUACCGCGACGCGCAGGACCUACCGUUCAUGCAGCGCAUGGUCGACAUCUGGUCGUCCUUCGCGCGCACGUUCGACCCGAACCCGGACCCGCGCUUCCUCGCCGCGCGCGGCUUCACGGGCACCGCGCAGCAGCUCGCGAGGGAGAGCAGGUGGGAGCCGGUGACGAAGGCGAGCCUGCAUGGCGCGCCUGUGCGGGAGCUGCAGUGGGACAGCGUCAUGACGCCGUUCGGGUCGCAGGCACAGUGCCAGUUCUUGGGCUUUCCGCUGACGUUUUACGGGUAA